AUGUUGUUACUCUUUUUGUCACUCUCCAUUUUAUUUCGAUUUUCGUUAGCGGGGAGUUUCGACUCGAAAGAGUUCAAGGAUUUUCAAUGGCAGAUUGAAAUUGACCGCAAUCCGGCUGGGUUUCCGACGGGGAAAGCCUUGGAGAAGAUCAAUCUCAACGAUGAUCAAGAGAUCGGCUUGAAGAUUAUCGGAAAGUUGCCAAAAGAAACCGAUCAGGGCUAUCUCUUCAUCACGAGCAAGAGCGGGCAACGGUUCGCGUGCUCAUUACCAGAGAAGCCAGCGCCAAAGGCUCCAAUCUCUUACGAUUCUCUGAAUCCGAGGUAUGUGGCUGAAAUUGUAUCGGCUGCUUUUUACGUCAAAGGAUGUCUGGAAAAGGGUACCGGCUGGUGGUCGUACGAGUUUUGCCGCGGAAAGCAGAUCACUCAAUUCCACUCAACUCCGCAAAAGCCUGGAUAUGUGGAGUAUUCACUGGGAAUCGCUACGGGCACUUUCCGAAUGCCAGAAUUCACUCAUUCAACCCAAGAUCAAUUACUGUAUAUGGAAGAGGAGUAUAGUAUGGGGACACUGUGUGAUGUCGUUGGCAAGAUGGUCCCAAGGAAAACGAUUGUUCGCUAUCAAUGCGAUCAAUCACUGUCAACGAGUGAAGCCUACAUUUACAGUAUCCGGGAAGUCGCCUCUUGCGACUAUUUGAUCAUUGUGCGUGUCGGUUCUCUUUGUCGUUUACCCCAAUUUGUUCCCCAUGUCGACUCUCAGGAACCACUCGACAUCAAAUGUCAUCCAUUUGUGAAUAAAGAGAAAGCAUACUCAAUUGCAAAGAUUAUCAAUGAGAAGAAAUUGAGAAAGAAAGAAGGCCGUAAACUGGCCGACGAGGCCGAGUUGCGACUCCGAAGCGUUUAUCGACGUGAGCACAUUCAUAAGAGAACGAAAGUUAACUCUAAUGAGCGCCGAAAUUUCGCUAUCAACAAGCGAAUCAAGAAAGACAUUUCGCAUUUCACUGAACAAUACCUUAUCGCAAUGCAUUUGGCAAAAGAUGGCGAAUGGCCGUCAGAGGAGAAACUCGAAGCGUUGCGGUUGAUUGGAAAAUUGACACAACGACUGGUGAACGCUGACACUUAUGAUAAUUGGAAAGACAUGGAUAGAGGGAAUUUCUAUUUUUGGAUCACUGAUAAGCAUUGGCCGAAAGACGAGUACCCGAGAACCAUCAAUCAUGUCGAUCUCUUGAACGCAUAUCACUCGAGAGUCGAAAAAAUGAUCAACCAUGCGAUGACAGAGUCGGAAGCGGAAAUGAUUAAAGAAAAAGCAAAACGAGAUCCCAAUCAGAGAAUCAACAAUGUUGUGGUGACAAGAAAUCAGAUCAUUGAUUUGUUAAUUGGAUAUCUUCCGGGAUGGUUCCCGAAAAAGGUACCAAUUCAAUUUGAAUGGAAAGCCAAGAAAAUGAGCUUCAAUAAACAGAUCGUUGACGCCUACUAUCAAGACUAUCUCAAGAAUAUUGGCGACGAGUUGCACAGUGAUAGCUACAACAAGCAACCUAUUGAAAGCAUUGUCGACGAGAUCGUGGUCUAUGUGUCGAUUCUUGAAUUGGAAGAGGGAAUUGAUGAGGACUUGAUUAUGAACACGUACUGGGAAAGUCAAUUAGAGCUCUUGAAAAUGUUGAUGAUCGCUAGACAAUUUGGAGAACUGCAAUAUGAGAGUCACCGCCCUGGUCUACUGGACAUGAGAGGCCAACCAUUCAGCAGUGCUGAGAAAGAGUUGAUCAGGAAGAAAAAGAUUGUUGAAUGGGAAUCAUACUACGAUUAUGUGAAAGAUGAUCCAAAAUGGAACUUGAGAGAAGAAUUCAAUGAGCACUUGAAAUCGAGAGUUCAAGUCGUGAUUGAUUUGGCGUUCAACUAUCUUUGGGUGGAAAAGAAAGAGGAACUUUUGGAAAAGUGGAGGAAAAAGUUCGAACUCUUCGAUGAUUUGACAACACUGAUGAAUUCGCUGAAGAACAGUGCGGGCACGGUGGCCGUUCCAUUAGCUGGUGGAAAUGAGGAUGAGAUCAUUCAACUCCUUUCGAAGGCUGGGCUUGGUGAAGUCGAUAUGAAAGUGCAAAUCGUGAGCGUUGACGGGUCGAAGCUUGACACCGAAUCGGAUGAGAUUAAAGAAGCGAUCAAUCAGCUAUUAGAAGAAACGAUGGACAAUCUGAAUAAUCGAAAGAAAGCCCAACUACGAGAGGAGAACUAUUGGCGGGUGAUCAAUGAUCGAGAAAAU